GUCUUUGCCCUCGCUAUGCUGAUAACGGACAGCGAGGCGACUUGUGUGUUUUCUCAAGUUACUUGCAUUCGGUCGGAGUGCUGAAAGCAUGCUAGUGCCGAAACGAAAGCUUUAUGUGUCGGAAUACAUCGCGUUUUGUUGUUGCGACUGUAUGGCAACAAGCAUGGCUUGCAAUUAUUUAAUAACGCAUUUAUUAUUUGCCAACGCUGCUUGUACAUUGUGUAGCUGGCGCAUUUCUACAGCAAUACUAGAGCUGUUUAAAGGGUCAUUAGCACACUUGAAACAGAAUCAAUGAGGCACGAAUUACUUGGUGUGGAUCGCGUAAUAUUUCGAAGGAUGGAAAGUUAGCAGCUAUUAAAACAACUGUUGUCUAGGAAACGUGUAACUUUAUUUUCCCGUAGAUUUGUGUGUAGGAUAGCUUAUUCUAAUGUCCCCCACAUUCACCAAUGUGGGUCAGACGAGGACUUCUGCAAGUUGGUCAUGCCAUCGAACCUUUGUGAUCCUCAGCUGUGCUGAUAACUGCGAUGAAUGGAAACACUACCCAAUCAGGGACGAGCAGGCCUUCCACAUCACAGCCCCAGGGCUGGCGGGACUUCUGCGAGCUGCACGCGGCAGCCGUGGCUCGGGAGCUGGCCAAGCACUACCGCCUCUUCGCCAGAGAGCGCCCCCUGCAGGAUGUGCUCCCGCCCGACAGCUUCUCCAAGCAGUUCAGCGACCUGUUCCAGAGGCACUUCAGCCGGGAGGUGUCCCGAAAUGCGCCCCCUCCCCCUCCGCCGCCCCCCCUGCCCCCAUCGGCUGUGAGCGGCCGACUGUGGACCACCUUGCUGGACUACCGGGAGGCCGGCCGGCCGGGCCCCCCCGCUCUGGCCUCCAAGGCGGGGCCACUGGCCCCCGGGUCGCCCCCGCCUCCGCAGCGGGAACUGGAGCUUCCGCUACGGCAGGCUGCCCCCGCUGACACUACCCGCCCCGCCUCCCCUCCCUGCCGCCGCAGCCAGGAGGAGGUGUCGGCGCGCCCCCCCGUCACGCCCCAACGGUACAGCCCGCCCCCGCUCGUCACCGCCACACCCGACGCUGACAUCACGCACCUGUCCGUCAGCCAGAUCCAGCAGAGCGUGUAUCGGCUGGUGAAGAAGAAGCAGCCGAAGGAGGCUCCGCCCUCCCCCCGCGAGGACACGCCCCUCGUCACCCCGCCCGCCACCCCGCCCCCGGCCUCCUCCUCCCCCCCCUCCUCCUCCUCCUCCUCGCUCCUGGGCAGGUUUGCCAGCAUGUUCCGCGGGAGGAGGAGGGCGGAGCCGCGGGGCAGUUUUAAGGAGGGCCAGCUCAGGUACAUGGUGGUGGACGACACGAUCUCCGACGUCCCGCCGCGGUGGCAGCGCUGCCGGCUGCUGGUCCGCCGCGGCUCCAACGGCUUCCGGCUGGAGCUCUUCGACCCGCCCAAGAGCUCCAGUUCCAAGCUGAUGGCGAAGUGCUCCGAUGUGUCGGAGGUGCGUCGCUGUAACCGCCUGGAGAUGCCGGACAACGUGAACACGUUUGUUUUAAAGGUUAAGCACUAUCCAGGCAGUUUCAUCUUUGAGGCGGACAACGACCAGCAGGUCAGCUCCUGGACGACAGAAAUUAAAGAAUGUAUCAACAACGGGUCGGGCAGUGCAGAUGUGGCAUUGCCCACCAUGCCCCUGGGCGACACUGUGGCCAGCACCAGGAGAGGAAGCUCAGAGUCGGCCGGUCGAGGGUCCCCGCCCUUCGCGCGGUCGGAGCAGAUGUGCCGUAAGGGGGAUCACUUCCUGUGGGCGUACCCCUGGUUCCACGGGCCCAUCUCGCGGGUGAAGGCGGCGCACCUGGUGCAGACCUCGGGCGCCGACGGGCACGGCGUGUUCCUGGUGCGGCAGAGCGAGACGCGCCGCGGCGACUACGUCCUCACCUUCAACUUCCAGGGCAAGGCCAAGCACCUGCGGUUGUCCCUGACGGAGUGGGGGCAGUGUCGGGUGCAGCACCUGAGCUUCGCCUCCGUCUCCGAAAUGCUGAGCCGAUUCUGCCUGUCCCCCAUCCCGCUGGAGUGUGGCGCCGCCUGCGACGUCCGGCUGUCCAGCUUUGUGGUGGCCGGCCCCGCCCCGUCAGGUCAGUGUGUGACUGGCUCGGCAGUUCUGGUUCCCUUCUCUCUGCACCGCUGGAGUUCGGAGCCCAGCCUGACCCACUUCAGCUCCUCUAGCUGCCCCCGCCUGGGAUCCCCGGAGAGCCUGACCCCCAGGACCCUCCCCACACCAGGGCAGCUUUUCCAGAGAAGCUCCCCCCCGACCCCAGAGCGCCCCCACCUGGACACUCUGCGCCGGAGCGAGUCAGACCGCAGGCCUUUACAGAGACACGCCCAACCCCACCCUUCUCCACUCCCCCAGCGUGACUCGGACUAUGAGCUGGAGCCGCCCAACAGGGGGCGCAAGAGAGCCAUCGACAACCAGUACACGUUCCUCUGAUCCUCAGGAGCGGAAGUACCAGGCCUUACUGACCAAAGAGCUGGAAGAAAGCAGGAAGUGGGCCAGAAGGAAGCAGGAAGUGGGCGCUGGGAGGAAGUAGGAAGAGUUCUUUUUCCAUAGCAUAGCAGUUACAUAUCUGCGUUAUUGGUUUCAUAAUGCAUUAUCAUCUGAUUUUCCCGCCUGUUUUUCCCUACACAUGAAAUGGACAGUGAACAUCUACUGUUACAGCUUCCUUGAGAAAUGGCUUCCCUAGUUUCAGAAGUUUUUAGAAUACCAGUUUUUUAACGGCUACUGGUGGCGUUUUGGGCAAAUUGUUAACAUUACCUUUUGAUACUGACAUACCCAGUAGUGUUUGAUUAAUUAUAUUAAAAACAUUAUACACAUUUAAUAAAUAAUGUUUAUAUUAAUAUAUGUUAAUAUCUUUAUUAUAUUAUUUUGUCACUUUGCCCAAAAUGACUGCAACGGCUUUCAGAGAAAAUGGUUGGAUAAUUAAUGCCAUUAAUGUUUUAUGAGGAAACCCUGGAUGCAUUAAUGCAUUAACACAAGAGUUCAUUUAAGCUACUAGUGUUUGGGGUUAUGUUUUGUUUUUUUAAAUCAAGUUCUGUAGUGUUUUGUUCAGAUUUGUGCCCCCCCCCCCCCCCCUACCCUGACCCCCCCAAUCCGUUUUUAUUUCUGUUGUCACUGUGCUGGUAACUCCGCACCUGCACACCCUCUCUCUGUUGCCACUUUAACACUAACUGUCCUUCAACCCCAAAUACCGGAGGCCUAACGUAGGGUUCUCUUCAGAACGCUUUUCUUAUCGUGGCAGGUUUCCUGUUUUUAAGAAAUGCACACGAGCGUGUUUGUUUCCCUCCUGCCCUGAAGUACCACGAGGCUUUUCUGCCAAGACAGCGAAAGAAAUAAAAAUGGUUUUCUUACUCAACAUAUUUCACGUGGCUACCAGAAAAAGAAAAAAAAUUCCCCUUGCUUAAUAUAAAAUGAUUACAUCAGUUUAAAAAAACAAAAAGACAAUGGCAGCGUACCGUUUUGUAAAAUAAAGGGAUGAAAACUAUUAAAAUGGUGAACGUGGCUAUGAAGAGGCGAACGCUCUCCAUUGGCAUCCGCUCGCUGAUUGCACUGUCAGGCAUCACAGUGAACUUUCCCUCCGAAAACGGGGAGGAGGGAGUCCUGGCUCUUCAUUUGGGCCGGAGGGAAGCCCCUCUCUCGCCCCUCUCUCUCACCCCUCUCUCUCGCCCCUCUCUCGCCCCUCUCUCACCCCUCUCUCUCGCCCCUCUCUCGCCCCUCUCUCACCCCUCUCUCUCUCCCCUCUCUCGCCCCUCUCUCACCCCGCUCUCUCGCCCCUCUCUCGCCCCGGGCCCUCAGGGUUAUGUUCCAGCGUUUUGUGCAACGCCUGCAAAAAUUCCCAAAAGUUGUCAAACGGCCUCGUCAGAAACAGACGCGCUAUAAUUCGGCAAAUUUCCCCCCCCCCCGUGCUUUGGUGACUGGACGGGCGGCACAUUUUCACACGUUGCAAACUGUAUGUGUGCCUGACUACCUCGUGUGCAGCGUUCCCGCUUCUGCUUGGGAGGACGGCGGCGGCGACAGUCGGACAGGGAAACGAAAAGCAGACCUACGGUCUCUCCCACUGCCAGUCGCAAUAGCGGAUAGGAUGGGGGUGUUAAAAUCCAAAAUGGUGAAAACGUGUGUUCCUGUGCACACAUCUUCAUUUAAAAAAAAAAAAAUUAUAUAUAUAUAUAUUGAAACGCCAAGUGUCCUCCCCAAUUGCAACCAAAAAUGACUUUCAUACAUAGUUCUGAUUAUUCCUAUACACACCGUGAAAUAAGUUUAUAACCAUACACUUAAUGUUGAGGUAUUAAUUUCUCCAUGAGAAUCUGUGCAUGUCAACUUUUUACGCUUUGUGUGUUCGUCAACGUGAGCCUGGGUUUUUAAGAAAAAAAAUAGCAACAGCAGACCUGUCACUUUGCAAUUUUACUCAGGGCAGAAACUAGACAAUCAUUUCGCUGAACAGACACACCCGCUGCCUUUCUUCUCCCACGUCACUCAAAUCAGCACAAUGAAUGUAGGCCUUAUUGUACUUUCUAUUUGCAUUAAUAGCACUGUAAAUCUUUCCAAGUCUCCUCCCUGCAAAUUUAACCACCUCCCUGCCAAACUGCUUGUCCCGUUUGUACAAAAAAUGUUAAAUAAAAAAAAAAAACCC